GGUGGCCAACACCACGGCCGACCGCCUUUGUCUCCCUAGUGGCGAUGUUUACACACCUCACCAGGUACUUUUUUUAAGCCGAAUCGACCCCGGGGAGGCGCAGAAGCGGUUUAGAUAGUGGUCACUGGGGUUGGGCGUGAGGGGGAAUCGAACUCGGGUCACUGGGUCCGUUGCGCUAAUGGAUACACCACCGCUUCUGACACACACACACAUACACACACAAAAACAAAGCUCCCCGUAUAGCCUUAAUAGACGGAUGGGGCCAGUGCUGUUAGCGAACAGCACUGAGAAACACUUCUGUAAGAGAUGCAGAGAGGUGGAGGGGCGCAAGGGUCACCAUGGAGGAAGCCAUCAUCAUCGGCAUCGAUGGCCGUGGAGUCUGCAAACAUCUCGGACUCAGACUGUGCCAAGUAGCCGCUGCUUCCGCCUCUGCUGCUGCUGCCGCUACUGCUGCUGCUGUUGUAGAUGCUGCUGCUACCGCUGCCGAGGUCGAUGCUGAUGGUGGCGGCAUCGACUGUGGCCGCGUCCCGCCACAGCUCCUCCAAGACCUGGCACGCCCUCGCCUGGGUCUUGGCGAGCUUUACCUGGGCCUUCAAGAUGGCCUUGUCCACCGCCGACCGACUUGGCCCCUUCCCACAAAAGCCACCCCAGCAGGACAGGCUGCCCUCCUCCUCCAGCAGGCCGAUGCUGCUGCUGCUACCGCUGCCGAGGUCGAUGCUGAUGGUGGCGGCAUCGACUGUGGCCGCGUCCCGCCACAGCUCCUCCAGGACCUGGCGCGACCUCGCCUGGGUCUUGGCGAGCUUUCCCUGGGCCUUCAAGAUGGCCUUGUCCACCGCCGACCGACUUGGCCCCUUCCCACAAAAGCCACCCCAGCAGGACAGGCUGCCCUCCUCCUCCAGCAGGCCGAUGCUGCUGCUGCUACCGCUGCCGAGGUCGAUGCUGAUGGUGGCGGCAUCGACUGUGGCCGCGUCCCGCCACAGCUCCUCCAAGACCUGGCACGCCCUCGCCUGGGUCUUGGCGAGCUUUACCUGGGCCUUCAAGAUGGCCUUGUCCACCGCCGACCGACUUGGCCCCUUCCCACAAAAGCCACCCCAGCAGGACAGGCUGCCCUCCUCCUCCAGCAGGCCGGUAAUCAGCGACGUUUCGGGUGAUGCACCAAUCAUCCCUUAUUGCAUGUUGGUGUUCUCUUUAAGGCCACACCGGGUCAUAAUUGACGAGUGA